AUGAUAUCCGCUAUCAUACCGAACGCUGAAAAUUAUGAGACAGAAAAACAAAUAAAAGUUGAAAAUGAUACAGAGGAGCAGAAAAUACCUUUAAAUAAUUGUGCUACUGAAGAUGAUAAGAACACAGUGAAUGAAACCAUGAUACUUCAAGAAAAGAAUAACGAUAGGAAAAAACUUCGUAAUGGAAAAUAUAUUCAUACUGAACCUACAUCUACUGUGAAUAAAGUUAAUGGAAAUAUUAAGAAUGGGUCAUCCCAACAAAAAGCUCCAUCGAAAAGAUCUAUUAAAAGAAAAAGCAAUGGAGCUGAAGAAUUGUUGGAUGUUAAGACUCCUAUGCUAACACCAAAAGAAGAAGUAAUAUUUGAUAGUAAUCCUGAUUCACAAUUGAGUAAGCAGCAAUCAGAUUCAAAUGAUGAACCUGAAAGCAAUAUUCUUAAGAAGACUAAAACUGAAAAUAAUAUUGCAAUAAAUACAGAAGAAUCCAAAAUAUUGCAUCAGAAAUCUACUAAUGUUCAACAAAAAUGUGAAUAUUGUUGUCAGAAGUUAAUAAGUACAGACGUAAUACUAUAUCCAGGUCAUCCUAAUGGUGCAGUAGAAGAAAUGAUUGCAUUAACAGACUCUAGAUUAUCUUUAUUCACAGGAGAAGAAGCUAUGGUUCAUGAAAGUGAUGAGAGGCCACAAAAUAAAAUAACUCACUUUUGUGUAUAUGAUAAAAAUGGGCAUUUGUGUUCUUUUGAUACUGGCCUAAUUGAAAAAAAUGUAGUACUUUAUUUUUCUGGUUAUAUGAAACCUAUUUAUGAAGAAAACUCAUGUCCAGAAGGAGGUGUGCCUACAAAAGAUAUGGGACCAAUAAAUGAAUGGUGGGUGUCAGGAUUUGAUGGUGGUGAAUUAGCACUUGUAGGAUUCACUACAGCAUUUGGAGAGUAUAUAUUGAUGGAACCUGCUGAAGCAUAUGCACCAUUCAUGGAUUCUGUGAAAGAAAAAAUUUAUAUGAGCAAAAUAGUCAUAGAAUUUUUAUUAGAUGAGAUCAAUCCUACAUAUGAAGAUUUAUUAAAUAGAUUACAGACUAUAGUUCCACCAAAAGGAUUAUCUAGAUUUACAGAAGAUUCUUUGUUACGGUAUGCACAGUUUAUCUGUGAUAGAGUUAUUUCCUUUGAUGCAUCAGCAACACCAGAAGAUCCUUUAUUAAUUACAAGUCCAUGUAUGCGAGCAUUAGUAACACUUGCAGGUGUAACAUUAAACAGAAGAAUUGCAUUACGUAGAACACAAUCCAGAGACCAAAAAAAUAAAAAAAUUACUUGGACAAAAGCUACAACUACAAAAUUAGUUAAUAAUAUGUUUGAAACAUUUUUCUCUGACCAAAUAGCUACAAAUAGUGACAAAGAAAUAUCGGGACCUAAAAGGCAUAGAUGUGGAAUAUGUGAAACUUGUCAGCAGCCAGAUUGUGGAACUUGUACAGCUUGCAAAGAUAUGAUUAAAUUUGGUGGGUCUGGAAAAAGUAAACAAGCUUGUAACAGAAGAAGAUGUCCAAAUAUGGCUAUACAGGAAGCUGAUGAUUCAGAUCAGGAAGAUGAUGAACUCAAUGAUACACUGAUAGAAAAUAUAAAAAUUACUCAGAAAAUGAUAUUAAAAGAAUUUAAACAUGUAGAGAAAGAAAUUACAUGGGUGGGAGAACCAAUAAUAGAUGAUGGACGAAGAACAUUUUAUAAUUCUGUUAUGGUUGUUGAUGAAGAAAUAAAACCACAUGAUUAUGUUUUGAUUGAAUCCAGUGAUCCUACUGUACCAUUACAAAUAGCUAAAGUCAUAUAUAUGUGGGAAGAUAAAAAUGAGGCAAAACUGUGUCAUGCUAAUUGGUUUAGAAGAGGUAGCGAUACCGUACUUGGUGAAACGUCGGAUCCCUUAGAAUUGUUUUUAUUAGAUGAAUGUGACAAUGUACCAUUCACCUCUGUUAAAUCGAAAGCUACUGUUAUUUAUAAAACUAGUCCAGAAAAUUGGAAUGAAUUAGGGAAUGCAGAUGUGUUACCAGAAGAUGAAAUACAAAAUAAAGAUGGAAAGACAUUUUUCUAUCAAAAGAAAUAUACUCCAGAAACGGCUCGUUUUGAAGAUCCUUCUCCAGAUCCUGUAUGUCCACGAAAAGAAAUCAGCCAUCGGUUUUGUCCUGCUUGUGUACGUUUUACCGCGUUACAAUAUUAUUAUACACCAAAGGUUUUUGAUCGAAAAGAAGAGAAAAGUAGCAAAGAAGUAACGUACAACACGGUGAAAUAUAAAGGCGAAGAAUUUAGGGUUGGAUCUGCUGUAUUUUUAAUAUCAGGAGCUAUAAAAUAUAAAUUUACAUCUACAUAUCAUAUUUCUUCGAAAGUGAAGAAAGGAAAAGUAGACGAAGAUAUGUAUCCCGAAUAUUAUCGAAAAUCGUCAGACCAUGUGAAAGGAUCGAAUUACGAUACACCCGAACCCUUCCACAUUGGAUAUAUAAAUGCAAUAUAUGCAAAAACUAAUAAUAAAUUAGUUGCCUCAUCUGAUAUAUGGAUUAAGAUAAAUAAAAUGUAUCGACCGGAAAACACACACAAAGGCCUUACAUUAAUUCAGCAAGUUGAUCUUAAUAUGGUGUAUUGGAGUGACGAAGUUUGCGAUAUCAAAUUUUCGGACGUAGCUGGAAAAUGUUAUCUAAUGUAUUCGGAAAAUUUAGAUCAGUCUGUAGAAGAAUGGACUGCUGCUGGAUCGAAUCGUUUCUACUUUUCUCAAGCAUAUAACGCUUCAGAAAAAACAUUUGUAGAUCCACCAAAUCACGCUAUGAACAUUGGAAAGUCUGUCAAUGGAAAAGGAAAGGGGAAAGGAAAAGGAAAAGCAAAGUGCAAAAGCAAAACAUUAGAGUCUAAUAAUGCUAACAAAUUAGUUGAUAAGCCAAUAGAUUAUUGCAGUGUGCCAAAAAAAUUGAAAACUUUAGACGUUUUCGCUGGUUGUGGUGGAUUAUCUGAAGGAUUGCGACAAACUGGUAUUGUAGAUAAUCAAUGGGCAAUUGAAAAAGAUGAACCAGCUGCAUAUGCAUAUCGACUUAAUAAUCCUGAUACAACGGUAUUUUGUGAAGAUUGCAAUGUCCUUUUGCGAAAGGUUAUGAAUGGUGAGCUUUGCGAUAAUAAUGGACAACGCUUGCCUCAGAAAGGGGAAGUAGAAUUAUUAUGUGGUGGACCACCAUGCCAAGGUUUUAGUGGCAUGAAUCGCUUUAAUUCGCGCCAAUACUCAUUAUUUAAGAAUUCUUUAGUAGUAUCAUGUUUGUCUUAUUGUGAUUAUUAUAGACCAAAAUUCUUUGUUAUGGAAAAUGUUAGAAAUUUCGUGUCUUUUAAAAGAAGUAUGGUACUCAAAUUAACAUUGAGAUGCCUCGUACGAAUGGGUUAUCAAUGUACAUUUGGUAUCCUACAAGCUGGAAAUUACGGUAUUCCGCAAACAAGAAGAAGGUUAAUAAUAUUAGCUGCUGCACCUGGAGAAAUUCUUCCAAAAUAUCCUGAACCGACCCAUGUAUUUAGCAAACGUGCAUGUCAAUUAAGCGUUAUUGUUGACAAUAAGAAAUAUUCAUCAAAUUGUGAUUGGACAGAGUCGGCACCAUACAGAACAAUUUGUGUUCGUGAUGCAAUGUCUGAUUUACCUAAUAUUCGAAAUGGAUGGAACACAGAAGAGAUGGCUUAUGGCGAUGAACCAGUAUCUCACUUUCAAAGAAAAGUAAGAUCAAAAGAACCAGAUGCAAUAUUAAGAGAUCAUAUUUGUAAAGAUAUGGCACCAUUAGUUGAAGCGCGAAUAGCACACAUUCCAACUGCAAGCGGAUCUGAUUGGCGGGACUUGCCAAAUAUUGCAGUGCGUUUAAGCGAUGGAACAUAUUCAAAGAAAUUAGAAUAUAUUCAUCAUGAUAAGAAAGCAGGAAAAAGUUCAACUGGUGCACUUCGUGGUGUGUGUAGUUGUUGUGUGGGUAAACCAUGUGAUCCAUUGGCUAGACAAUAUAAUACUUUAAUCCCAUGGUGUUUACCUCAUACUGGAAAACGCCAUAAUCAUUGGGCAGGUUUAUACGGCAGAUUAGAAUGGGAUGGAUUUUUCGGUACUACUAUUACUAAUCCUGAACCUAUGGGUAAACAGGGCCGUGUUUUACAUCCUGAACAAACCAGAGUUGUAAGCGUAAGGGAAUGUGCCAGAUCACAAGGUUUUCCGGACUCUUUCCGUUUUUACGGAAAUGUACUUGAUAAACAUCGUCAAAUUGGAAACGCAGUUCCACCACCGUUAGGUGCUGCUCUGGGUUUUGAAAUUAGAAAAUGUUUAAAAAGUGAAAAUAAUGACAAUGUAGGCAAGACGUUGGAUGGUUUUAAUGAUUAA